CUUAAAAGUGUUUGACUAGAAAUUGUUACAAGCAUUGUGUGAAGGGCAACGCAGCAAUAAAAGAAACUUCACAAACGACGAAAAAAAAAUAUAAAGAAAAAGUAAAUAGAAAAGUGUUUUGCGCGGCUGGCAGGAAAAAAAAGAUCUCUAUAGAAAAGUCGAGUCGAGCUGAAUAGGCUCAAUAGAGAGAGAGAUACAGAGAAAGAGAGAGAGACAGAGAGAAAAAGAGAAAGAUAACAAUAACACAUUUUUCGAUAACGAUAACGAUAACCGAUUAAUGCCACCUAUCGACUUAUCGAAUCGGCUAACCAAACGAGAAAACGCGUAAGCAUACACAGUGUGGGGUUUUCUGUACCGCUGUGCCGCGGCAGCGCCAUUAGCUACCAUGGGCGCCAACGUAUCGCAGCUGGAGCGGGAGAUCGGCUCCGAACUGUUCCCGCCCAACGAGCACUAUUUCGGGCUGGUUAACUUCGGGAACACAUGCUAUAGCAACUCGGUGCUGCAGGCGCUCUACUUCUGCAAGCCGUUUCGCGAGAAGGUGCUCGAGUACAAGGCCAAGAACAAGAGGCCCAAGGAAACGCUGCUCUCCUGCCUGGCGGACCUCUUCUAUAGCAUUGCCACGCAGAAGAAGAAGGUCGGCUCGAUAGCGCCGAAGAAGUUCAUCACGCGGCUGCGCAAGGAGAAGGAGGAGUUCGACAACUAUAUGCAGCAGGAUGCCCAUGAGUUUCUCAACUUUCUGAUCAAUCACAUCAAUGAAAUAAUCCUGGCCGAACGCAACAGUGGCAAGACACCGGCUGCCGGGUCGUCGGGUGUGCCGGUCCUGGCCGGCGGCGCAGCUCCGGGCAAUGGGAAUGCGGCGAAUGCGAAAUCCAGCUCGAACUCCAAUUCAUCCAAUUCCACAUCGACUUCCACGUCAAACGGGAAUUGCAGCAACUCGACGGGCUCGCUGAGCGUUCUGGACGGCAGUGGCAGCGUCACAGCGACCACAACUCCAAUCGGUCAGACGAAUGGAGCCAACACGGAGCCCACCUGGGUGCACGAGAUCUUUCAGGGGAUCCUCACGUCGGAGACGCGCUGUCUGAACUGCGAGACCGUGAGCAGCAAGGACGAGAACUUCUUCGAUCUGCAGGUGGACGUGGACCAGAACACGUCGAUCACGCAUUGCUUGCGCUGCUUCAGCAACACGGAAACCCUUUGCUCGGACAACAAGUUCAAGUGCGACAACUGCUGUAGCUACCAGGAGGCGCAGAAGCGAAUGCGCGUCAAGAAGCUGCCCAUGAUACUGGCCCUGCACCUGAAGCGCUUCAAGUACAUGGAGCAAUUCAAUCGGCAUAUCAAGGUGUCGCAUCGGGUGGUCUUUCCGCUUGAGUUGCGGCUGUUCAACACCUCGGACGACGCUGUCAAUCCGGAUAGGCUCUACGAUCUGACCGCAGUCGUCAUACACUGCGGCUCGGGCCCGAAUCGUGGCCAUUACAUAAGCAUUGUCAAGAGUCACGGGCUUUGGCUGCUCUUCGAUGACGACAUGGUUGACAAAAUCGAGGCUUCGACCAUUGAGGACUUCUACGGCCUCACCUCGGACAUACACAAGUCCUCCGAAACGGGCUAUAUAUUGUUCUAUCAGUCGCGCGACUGCGCUGCUUAGAUAAAUUCGAAGUUUAAGACAAGUUUUGUUUUUGGUUUAAGUAAAAAGUUUUCUAAGCUCCAUUUAUAUUGUAUUACUGUAUACUCUCCUAGCCUAUAUCAAGGCGGAAUUCUAUGUUCAUUCAUUUUAUAUUAAUAACAACAAUAAUAAACAUUGAUAAUCUCUAGCGAG